AUGAUAGAACUGAGAAAGGGCUCUAAGGAUCUGUUUCAGGCGUUGGAGCUCCUGAGGACUGCCCCCGAUGAACACGCUCAAGAGCUUCUGGGGAACUUACGCAGCAGCGGUUCUGUAUCGGAAUUCUUGCAAGUUCUUGAUUCAGGCAUCAUAAAGCCACCUUCAUCAACCGACCCCCUCGCCACCAGUCUCGCGGGAACUUCAGCCGACUCACCAAUUGAGCUGGACCUAAACAUGCGAUUUUCCGGCGUAUUCCCUGUCCUGGAAACUCUUGACAUCAAGGAUGUAGAUCUUGGUCUACUGGCCGUUAACAAACGGGCCCUGACAUCGUCGAAUCAUCAAGCGACAGCACCCUUGACGCCAUUCACACCAAUAGAAUUCGGUCAAAGAUCGGAGACACCGUCGACUUCUGAAUCUUUCUCGACGCCAAGCGACACUACUGGAGAUACUGGCAUUGACCCUCGGAUGGAGUCUCUUCAAAUAUGGCAGUGGACUUCUAUAUCUAUACCCGAAAGCCUGGCUGCGCAGGCCAUAUCUUUCUAUCUGGUCAACGAACACCCUCUCCUAGCAUUCUUUGAUGCCGAUCUAUUCAUUCGAGAUUUUGUGGCUGGCGGAGGCCGCUUUUGCUCGCAACUUCUCGUCAGCUCACUUCUUGCUUGGGCCUGCGCUUCCUACUCUCAGUUUGAGCCACGAGCUCAAACAUUCUCUCUUGCGUUUUUGAGAGAGGCCAAGAGGCGAUGGAAGGAUUUAACAGACCAUACUUCCAUCACUACGUUAUCAUCAGCAAUGUUUCUUGUACUUACUUGUAACCAGCAUGGCCAAGAUAAAGUUGGUCUAUUCUAUCUCGACGCCAGCGUACAAAUAGGUCGUGGGCUUGGCUUGUUCAGCGAUGAGGGAACAUCUGUGCCUGAUUUCAACGACGACGAUGAAAUACGGACAGCAGCAUCAUUUGCCGCUUGGGGGACCUUUGGCUGGCACAGUCUCCACUGUAUCAACUUCCGAGCAGAACACCGAAUACGGCAUCCACCAUCUUUGCCUAUACCAGGAGAUGUUUCCGGACCGUCCCUGAAUGAGCGCAUGGGAAGCACAUUUACAUGGAUAUCUAAGUUCUGGGUCAUCAUACAUCAAGCAUUUCGUGAAGGUUAUAGCCACUUUAACCGUCUACCAAUGUCACACGCACAUCGGAUGUAUCAACUGUUGCUCGACUGGGCCAGUAUCCUUCCCGAGGACGUACAGAGGAGUGAAAACUGCCCUCACCAUGUUCUAGUACUACAUAUCUGGUACCAGGCAGCAGUAAUAGACAUGUGGCGCCCAUUUAUCGGUCGUAGAAGCUAUGAAGACGCUGGGAGAAGCGAACUCGCCAUUACCACUCACGGAGCAUCCGUCCAUCAACUCAAACGGCUUAUAUAUAUAUACAGGAAACGAUUCGAGUCAACCAACCUCACUAUGUUCAUCACUCCCGGAUUUCUCACCAUCAUUAACGAAGUCUUUCGAAAUCCCGGUACAUCCGACGCACAGUUUUACUUCAUAUUGGCGGCGCGUGGAUGCCUGUCGAUAGCAACUUGGUGCAAGGGGCUUCGAGGUAUUACAGAAGGCCUAAUGACAAUAGGUUGGCAAAAUGGAACCUUCAAACGUGAAGGAUGGACAAACAACAGCAUGAUCGAAGACAUCAGAGCUACAACACGGGCGCUCAACCAAGAGGGCACAUAUAGCAGUCUUUAUCCAAUCAACCUCGAUUCCACGAGUGAGAGCAUGGACGUCAUCGGCAUGGAAGCCUUGGCUGGCGAAUUUCAGAGACUGAGUUCACAAAAUGAGCCUACUCGCGGGAAAGAAGUCGAGAUGACGAGUGAACCUAACGUCUGGAAGGGAGAUCAGCGAGAUUUGGACUUGACGUUGACUGAAGCGACGGAGGAGGAGAAAUACGCUUAG